AUGCCGUUCGGGUCAGCAGGAGGUCCAUCUGGUUUUCCACUCAUCCAGAAUUACGCCGACAUGGCAAUGGACGGAUCGCUUACGCCCGUGACGGGUGCAGUCAAGUCGGCUGUUGUUGCACGGACGGGUUCCACAGGCUGUAAGCAUGCAGGACGGCUGGACUCGACACCUCUGGGGAGCAGCGACCGACCGCGCAAAGUGGCGCGCAGCAAGCACUUGACAGCGACAGCAGAUCCGUUGCAGUUUGAAGCAAGUGCCGAGGAACCCGUGUUCCACACGAUCCCGUUUCGGAUCAACGGAUUCGUCGUCCCGCUCGAGGUGGACAUCAAUGCCUUGAAACGAAGUCUGGGACUAGACCUCGCGCCCUCGGACGUGCCUGCGAGCGGUCUUGACCCCACUGCACAUUUAUAA